CCUGCCUUCUCGGGCUCCGCCCCACCCCGCCCCCGGACUUCCAUUGGCUGUGGCAGUAGCGUCACGGCUCUCGGUCCCGCCCAUGGCCCACCUCCCGUCCACCGUAGGCUGCGGCCUUAGCAUCCUCCCGGUACUGGCGGGUGAGCGUCAGUCAGGAGGUGGAGACGACAGCCAGACGGACGGGAAGCGCAGCCAAUGAACACACGCAGCCGCCCUAGCAACUGCGAAGCGCCAAUGGGGCGGUGGGGCGGUGCCGCGUGCUGUCAGGCGGCGGGGCGGGGGGCGGCGACGAUCCCCGGACAGCAGGUUCGCGCGGCGGCUGUGUGCCCUGCAGUCGCCUCAGUGCGGUCCCGUUGGCCGGGCAUGGGCGCGGCGCCGGCGGCGGCACCAUGAGCGCCCUGGGCAGCCCGGUCCGCGCGUACGACUUUCUGCUCAAGUUCCUGCUGGUGGGCGACAGCGACGUGGGCAAGGGCGAGAUCCUGGCGAGCCUGCAGGACGGCGCAGCCGAGUCACCGUACGGCCACCCGGCGGGCAUCGACUACAAGACCACCACCAUCCUGCUGGACGGCCGGCGUGUGAAGCUGCAGCUCUGGGACACGUCCGGGCAAGGGAGGUUUUGUACCAUAUUCCGCUCCUACUCGCGGGGCGCACAGGGUGCGAUCCUGGUCUACGACAUUGCAAACCGCUGGUCCUUCGAUGGCAUCAACCGGUGGAUUAAGGAGAUCGAUGAGCACGCCCCUGGAGUCCCAAAGAUCCUGGUGGGGAACCGCCUGCAUCUGGCCUUCAAGCGGCAGGUCCCCACGGAGCAGGCGCGCGCCUACGCGGAGCGCCUGGGCGUGACCUUCUUCGAGGUCAGCUCCCUGUGCAACUUCAACAUCACCGAGUCAUUUACGGAGCUGGCCAGGACCGUGCUGCUGCGGCACGGGAUGGACCGGCUGUGGCGGCCGAGCAAAGUCCUGAGCUUGCAGGAUCUGUGCUGCCGAGCAGUGGUGUCCUGCACGCCCGUGCACCUGGUGGACAAGCUCCCGCUGCCCAUGGCCUUGAGAAGCCAUCUCAAGUCAUUCUCCAUGGCCAACGGCCUGAACGCCAGAGUGAUGCACGGCCGCUCCUACUCCCUCACCCCCGGCUCAGGCCACAAGAGGAGCAGCCUGCGCAAAGUCAAGGCCACCCGCCUGCCCCAGAGCCCGCCCAGACGCUGCGCCAGGAACAGCUGUAAAGUGUCCUAAGGCAGAUGCCAGCCAGAUGUGCGCUGGACCUUUCAGGACACUGAGCCGUCUCACGGGACCACGGAGGUCGUUCCAGGUCCGAGAAAUGCCGGCCACCUUCUCCCGGGGACCAUGCUGCCCCUGCAGGGAAAACACGCCCCGCAGCUUGACUGCGAUGUUUCCAUGUGGGUGUGCACGGGCUCUGGUUUAGGGCAAUGGCUGCUCUGCUCUCCUCCUGAUGACACGGAAGUUUGGAUGUCACCUCUGCUGUGAGCGCAGCGCAAUUGUUUCCUUAACGUAACAGCUUUUGUGGGAAUAGUCAGAUGAGUGUGAUGAGGGUAAAUUCAAGGGACUCUGAAAACAGUGUUGGAUAGGUCAGCGUCAUCAACGUUACGAGGGCCUUUUCGUAACCCUCCUUUUUAAUGUCAAAAUGCUAAUUUAUAAAAAGCUGCAGACACAUUUGCGGUCCUGCACAAUAGAUCUGCCCAGUGUGUGUGAGAAAUGGAUUUGAUAAAGUUUUUGCUAUGUUAUUUACUACGUUUUGGGAUUCAUAAGUGAUUUAUAUGCAUAUUUUUCUGUAAAUCUACUUUCUUUUGUAUAAAAUGUCCCACAAGUUAGGAAGCUAAGAAAAGAAAAUGCCAAAGAUAUCUGUAGUUACGUUGAGCUGAGCCCCAGCAGUCACAGCAGAUCAAACCGGCAAGGAAACGUCGCUGAGCCGUUCAGGAGGAUUGAAGUGAACACUGUACAGCACGUAAGGAAUUGUUUCUCAACAAUAAAUGUGUAUUGUUUCUUGGUAGA